AUGGUGAACUUCACGGUGGAGCAGAUGCGCGAGAUCAUGGGUAACCCCAAGAACAUCCGCAACAUGUCCGUGAUUGCGCACGUCGACCACGGCAAGAGUACUCUGACCGACUCUCUUGUCUCCAAGGCCGGUAUCAUUGCCGCGAAGAACGCCGGUGAUGCGCGUUUCACCGACACCCGUGCGGACGAGCAAGAGCGUUGCAUCACCAUUAAGUCCACCGGUAUUUCCAUGUACUUCGAGCACGAUUUGGAUGAUGGUAAGGGCAUGCAGCCUUUCCUUAUUAACCUGAUUGACUCACCCGGACACGUUGACUUUUCAUCGGAGGUUACUGCCGCGCUUCGUGUCACUGAUGGUGCUCUGGUUGUCGUUGACACUAUUGAGGGUGUGUGUGUUCAGACUGAGACUGUGUUGCGUCAGGCCUUGGGUGAACGUAUCAGGCCCGUGCUGCACGUCAACAAGGUUGACAGGGCGUUGCUGGAACUUCAGAUGGGACCGGAGGAGAUUUACAUGACCUUCCUUCGUUGCAUUGAGAACGUGAACGUUAUUAUUGCUACUUACAAUGACGAAUUGAUGGGUAACGUUCAGGUGUACCCUGAGAAAGGUACUGUGUCUUUCGGAUCUGGUCUUCACGGAUGGGCCUUCACCAUUGAGACCUUUGCCCGUAUCUACAACACUAAGUUCGGUAUUUCCAAAGAGAAGAUGAUGCACUACCUCUGGGGUGACCACUUCUUCUCCAAAAGCGGCAAGGUAUGGCUCUCCGAGGCUACCCCCGAAGCACCUGACCGUGCCUUCUGCAACUUCAUUAUGAAGCCCAUCUGCAGUCUGUUCACCAACAUUAUGAACGACAACAAGGACAAGUACGUGCCUCAGCUGAAGUCUAUUGGUGUUGAAUUGAAGGGAGAGGACCGUGACCUUACUGGCAAGGCCCUGCUCAAGAGGGUGAUGCAGAUCUGGCUGCCCGCUGGUGACGUUCUUUUGCAGAUGAUUGUUAGCCACCUGCCUUCUCCUUUCGAGGCCCAGAAAUACCGUGUUGAGAACCUUUACACUGGUCCCAUGGACGACGAGGCUGCCAAUGGUAUUCGCAACUGUGACCCCGAUGCUCCUCUUAUGAUGUACAUCUCUAAAAUGGUACCGACCUCGGACAAGGGACGUUUCUACGCUUUCGGUAGGGUGUUCUCUGGUACCGUUGCUACUGGCCAAAAGGUUAGGAUCCAGGGCCCCAAGUAUGUGCCUGGCGAGAAGACUGACCUUCUUAUCAAGAACGUCCAGCGUACUGUGCUUAUGAUGGGUCGUUACACCGAGCAGAUCCAGGAUGUGCCAUGUGGUAACACUUGCUGUUUGGUUGGUGUCGAUCAGUACAUUUUGAAGAGUGGUACCAUCACCACCUGCGACGCGGCCCACAACAUUGCUGACAUGAAAUACUCUGUGUCUCCUGUCGUGCGUGUGGCUGUCAAGCCUAAGGACUCCAAGGAUUUGCCUAAGUUGGUGGAAGGUCUUAAGAAACUGUCUAAGUCCGAUCCCCUGGUCGUGUGCAGCACCGAGGAGAGUGGUGAGCACAUCAUUGCCGGUUGUGGUGAACUUCACGUUGAGAUCUGUUUGAAGGAUUUGAAGGACGAGUACGCCCAGAUUGACUUCAUUGUUUCGGAUCCCGUCGUGUCCUACAGGGAGACUGUCGCCGCCGAGUCUAGCAUCACUUGCCUGUCCAAAUCGCCGAACAAGCACAACAGGUUGUUCAUGAAGGCCGAGCCCUUCGCCGAGGGUCUUGCUGAGGCUAUUGAGGAGAACGAGGUCACCUCCAGGGAUGAUGCCAGGGAGAGGGCCAACCUUCUUGCCGACAAGUUCGAAUGGGACAAGAAUGCUGCUUUGAAGAUCUGGUGCUUUGGUCCUGAGACCACUGGUCCCAACUUGAUGGUGGACAUGACCACUGGUGUGCAAUACCUUAACGAAAUUAAGGACCACUGCAACUCUGCGUUCCAGUGGGCUACUAAGGAGGGUGCUCUCUGUGACGAGAACAUGCGUGGUAUUCGUUUCAACCUUUUGGAUGUUACUAUGCACGCUGAUGCUAUCCACAGAGGUGCUGGUCAAAUUAUGCCUACCUGCCGUCGUUGCCUGUACGCCUGUGAAUUGACUGCCCAGCCGAAGCUUCAGGAGCCAGUGUUCCUUGUGGAUAUUAACUGCCCCCAGGACGCCGUGGGUGGUGUCUACAGUACGCUGAACCAGCGUCGUGGUCACGUCUUCCACGAGGAGAACAGGGCUGGCACGCCCCUCAUCGAGAUCAAGGCCUACUUGCCCGUCGCCGAGAGUUUCGGUUUCACCACUGCUCUUCGCGCCAGCACUUCCGGUCAGGCCUUCCCGCAGUGUGUGUUUGACCACUGGCAGUUGAUGAACGGUGACGCGCUUGAGAAGGGUUCCAAGUUGAAUGAGAUUAUUCUGGCCAUUAGGCAGAGGAAGGGUUUGAAGGCUGAGAUUCCAGGUCUCGACCAGUUCUACGACAAGUUGUGA